GAAAUUUCCUCGUCGGUCAUGUGUUCGGUACUUCAAGCGCGAUAUAACUGUUUCCAGGUAGAACAAGUGGAGCAUACGCAGGUGGACACCUCGCAUGAGGAUAUGGUGCACGAUGCCCAGACGGAUGCAUACGGGCUACAUCUUGCAACCUGCUCCUCGGAUAAGAAAGUCAAAGUAUUCGACAUAUCUGAUCGGAAGAAGUCGACGCUCAUCAAAACGUUGGAAGGCCAUGAAGGUCCUGUCUGGCAGGUUGCUUGGGCUCAUCCAACUUUCGGCAGCAUACUCGCAUCCUGCUCCUAUGACAAAACCGUGAUCGUUUGGAAAAUGGGUGCAACGCCAGACGAUUGGACGAAUAUCUUCACCUACAAGGAUCACACAUCUUCAGUUAACUCAAUCAACUGGGCUCCUCGAGAAUUCGGCUUGAUAUUGGUUGCCGGGAGUUCCGAUAUGACAGCCUCCGUUCAUACUUGCAUCACCGAAACUCGGUGGGAAUCGGUCAAGAUUGAGUCGCACAACGUCGGCUGUAACGCCGUGAGCUGGGCGCCGGCGUUACAAAACAAACGAUUCGUAACGGGAGGCUGCGAUAAUCUCGUGAAGAUCUGGAAGUUCGACGAAGAAACUCAGAAGUGGAUCAACGAGCACACAUUGGAGGGUCACACGGACUGGGUACGGGACGUUGCGUGGGCUCCGUGCCUCGGACAGGGCAGGAACAUAAUCGCCUCCUGCGGCCAGGACUGCCGUGUUAUCAUUUGGACCCAAGAGAAAGAGGUUUGGCGGAGCAAGGAGCUCUCGAAGUUCCCGGACGUUGUAUGGUUGGUGUCGUGGGCGAUCACCGGAAACGUGCUCGCCGUAUCCGGUGGGGACAAUAACGUUAGUUUGUGGAUCGAAAGGGAGAAUGGGGAAUGGGAUCAAUUCAGUGACGUGACCAGCGUUCCAAUGCCCCAGCCGCUCCCGCCGACCUCGCGCAGUCUGGUGCGGCACAAUGCUGAAGAGACCGAGGACUGAAGUCGUCGCAUGUACUCAACGGUGAAGGAGAGUGAUCGGGUCAUCAAAGAUCGGAGAGAUUAGGUACAUCGUUCCCAUGGCCCAGCUACGGCUGCCAACUCGAACUCGUCCGUGGAUCCUCCUCCUCUCCUCUCUGAAGCCGGAAACACUGCCGUUGCCGAAACCUGUUUAUUGUUUCUGCAAUUUUCGUCCAUACACGUUUCUCUGACUCUGAGUUUUUUGACGUCUGCCGGCAAAUGAAUUGACGACAUGAUCGGCGCUAUUCGUCGAACUCGUCAUUGCGAGACGCUUCUGACUUUGGUCGCGGGCUUGCCGUGUAUCUCUAUCGCUGCGUCGAAGUCGCGAGCCCCACUCAUGCGCAUCAGUACAGUACA